UGUCACAUGAUUGGGGGCGUGUUUCAGAAUUUCUGGAGCACAACAAAUCCUCAGUCAGCACUCAAUCCUACUCAGGAUCACGAAGCUAGAGUCUGACAUUAAGAAGAAGAGAUUUGUUUUUGACGGAUGAACAGCAUCCGAAUGGCUCUGCCAGAUUCUCUAACAGAUGAGGAGUUGAUAAAAUUUCUUCACCGUAAGAAGACAGAGAUCUCCUCUUGUAUAGAGGAACCACUCACCUUCCUCAACCAGCUCCGAGACCAUGACCUAGUACCUGAGGAUCUCUACCAGAGGGUAAUAAAGAUGAAAACUAAGGGGAGAAGGCAGAAAGGUGUGUAUGAUAUUUUGAACUGGGUGGAGAAUAAUCAAGGACAGCAUGUGAAACUGUUUUGGAGUUGUGUGUUUAAGGAUCACAUCCUGCGGGAAUAUCCCAGACUCCGCGAUCUCCAAAACAGCCUUCUUGAUGGUUCCUUUAGGAUUUCUGAAAAGCUUCCCAAGGCAGAGGAACCAAGCAGUAAUACAGAAGUUCAGAGAAAGAAAAAGAAGCAAGAGCAAAAGAAGGGUGCAACAAAGAGAAAGAAAAGUGGUGAAGAGACAGACGAGGGGGUACAAGGCCCUUCCUCUGUGUCCAGCAAAAAGAAACAAGCCGUGAAGCCCCCACACUGUUGCGUUCAGAUUGCUAUAAAUCUUCCCAAUGCAGAGACACAAAUCAGUAAUACGGAAGUUGAGAGAAAGGAAAAGAAGCAAAAGAAGGGUGCAACAAAGAGAAAGAAAAUUUUUGUAGAGACAGAUGAGGAGGAACGAGGACCUUCCUCUGUGUCCAACCAAAAGACACCAGAUAUGAAGCCCCCACUCUGUUCCUCUUGGAUUCCUGAAAAGAUUAUCAAGGAAGAGGAACCAAGCAGUAAUACAGAAGUUGAGAGGAAGGAAAAGAAGCAAGAGCAAAAAAAAGGUGCAACAAAGAGAAAGAAAAGUGGCAAAGAGACACAUGAGGAACGAGGCCCUUCCUCUGUGUUCAACCAAAAGAUACCAGCCAUGAAGUCCCCACUCUCCCAACUUUUAGAGAAAGGAGAACUUCCUGUUACCUGCGGAGAUAAAGAAGGCAUAUUGUAUCCAGACCAGCUUGCUAGAGGAGGGAACUGUAUUUUGUCCCAGGGCGUCUGGUUCACCCCGUGUGGCUUUGAGAAAUUUUCAGGAAGGGGAAAUAGCAAGAACUGGAAAAUCUCAAUCCGCUGCCAAAACAUUACACUGCAUAAACUUAUACAGGAGGGUAAAUUGCAGUGUCGAGACAAGAAGGUCAGAAGAGAGUGAGAUUUCCAUUAAGCUGUGUGAAAAACUCCAGCCCUCUUCAGUAUAAACAGGUCUUUAUUUUGUAGGGGACCACUCACUGGUCCAACAACAGUAUCCAAUGAAGUGGUGGAAGGAUUCCUGCACUUUUCUGUGGAUGCUUUUAGAUUAUUACAUUUGUUAUUCCACUUCUAUUUGAUUCUGUCUUAAAUUAAAUCUGACUCCAACUGUAAAAAAAAUAAAAAUAAAAAAAUA